GAGGCACGUGCCACUCUGAGUGAAUAAUUCAUUGGAGGGUUGAAGCUGUCUUUAAAUUUACAUUUACUAUAGAGGCGAUGGGGCAGCGUUCGGGGGCUUUGGGUGGCUGUUGAUGGAGGUGGGGUUAUCACAACACCAAAAUUAGGACUUCGAUACUAUACCUGCCAAAAUAUUAUGAUACCCGAUACUUUCGAUACGAUACUGGAAUAUUUAUAUAUGAUAGUAAUAAAUAAAACAUCUGCAAGGUUCCCUUUUUACCAGCUUGUUCCUGCCCAGCUUAAACAAAUGCCAUUUUAGUAUUAGCCCACAGCAAGAUAUGAAUGAAAAUUACAUGGUAAAAUCAUAGCAUUAAUUAUACACGGCUAUGUAUAGGCCUAUUGUCCGUAUCUGACUAUAUGACUACAUAGUUAUUUCCAUAAGUAUGAAUUACAUCAUUUAACAGAUGUGUGUUUGAGGUGGGAAAAAAACUAAAGCUAUGUGGGUUCUGUGUGCAUUCUGACCUCAUGAUCACAUCAGCCCACAUGAGUGAAACUGUAGGUCAUUUUGCAUGUUUAUAUUCGUUCUCAACAAAGACUUUCAUUGUAAAGUGGUUAAAAAAAGAGGUCCCUAAAAAUGGGCAAUUUACUUUAAUAUCCUGUUUUGAUCAAGUGUUUAGUGAAUUUUUGGCAUUUUUCUCACCAGAACAAUAUGUGUAAUGAUUAUUACAUGAACAUAAAAAAGAAAAAGAAGAACAGAAGAAGGUCACCCGUUUCAUAUGAGGACACUGAGACAGAGGGGAGGGAGAUAUAUUUCUCAAUAGUGGAACACGGGGUUGACUGAUCGCUCCAUCUUUGGGUCGCUCGUAGAUCCUGGAAGGACGGCGGGGGGGCUGGCUCGUGUGGGUUUCAUCCCUUUAGAAUGACGCUCCGUCCCGAAGGAGACCCACUGGUUGGCGACUUGUUGAGGACCUUGACUCCGCUUAGCCCAUCGAUCAACCCGUUCAGCACACAGCACACACUAUUGUAGAUAAUGGGCUGUGUGCAAUGCAAGGAUAAGGAAGUAACCAAACUCACGGACAACCGAGACACCAGCAUCUCCCAGGCACCGGGCUACCACUAUGGGCCCGACCCCGCGCCGCAGCACUUCCCCAGCACCCCUGGGGGCGCCGCCAUACCCAACUACAACCACUUCCACGCCCCCGUCGGACAGGGGAUGACAGUCUUUGGUGGGGUCAGCACCUCCACCACCCACACCGGAACCCUGAGGAGCCGUGGCGGGACAGGAGUCACCCUCUUCGUGGCACUUUACGACUACGAGGCACGGACGGAGGACGACCUCAGCUUCAGGAAAGGAGAGAGGUUCCAGAUCAUCAACAGCACCGAAGGGGACUGGUGGGAUGCUCGCUCGCUCACCACUGGUGGCAGUGGCUACAUUCCCAGUAACUAUGUGGCUCCAGUGGACUCCAUCCAGGCAGAGGAUUGGUACUUUGGUAAACUGGGCCGUAAGGAUGCCGAGAGGCAUCUGCAGUCCACCGGAAACCCUCGAGGAACCUAUCUCAUCCGGGAGAGUGAAACCACUAAGGGUGCCUUCUCAUUGUCCAUACGGGACUGGGACGACGUGAAAGGUGACCACGUCAAGCAUUAUAAGAUCCGCAAGCUGGACAGUGGCGGCUACUACAUCACCACGCGGGCUCAGUUCGACACGCUGCAGCAGCUGGUUGAGCACUACUCAGACCGAGCCGCCGGGCUCUGCUGUCGCUUGGCGGUUCCCUGCCACAAAGGGAUGCCGCGCCUGGCCGAUCUGUCGGUUAAAACCAAAGACGUGUGGGAGAUCCCGCGGGAGUCGCUGCAGCUCAUCAAGCGUCUUGGGAACGGGCAGUUUGGGGAGGUCUGGAUGGGGACGUGGAACGGCACCACCAAGGUGGCGGUGAAGACUCUGAAGCCUGGCACCAUGUCCCCCGAGUCCUUCCUGGAGGAGGCUCAGAUCAUGAAGAAACUCCGCCACGACAAGCUGGUGCAGCUCUACGCCGUGGUGUCGGAGGAACCCAUUUACAUUGUCACAGAGUACAUGGGCCAAGGAAGCCUGCUGGAAUUCUUGAAGGACGGAGAAGGACGAGGGUUGAAGCUGCCUAACCUGGUGGAUAUGGCUGCACAGGUGGCGGCUGGCAUGGCCUACAUCGAGAGGAUGAACUACAUCCACCGAGACCUGCGCUCCGCCAACAUCCUGGUGGGAGACAGCCAGGUGUGCAAGAUUGCCGACUUCGGACUGGCCAGGCUCAUCGAGGACAACGAAUACACGGCUCGGCAGGGCGCUAAGUUCCCCAUUAAGUGGACUGCCCCGGAGGCGGCGCUGUACGGGAAGUUCACCAUCAAGUCGGACGUGUGGUCGUUUGGCAUCUUCUUGACGGAACUGGUCACAAAGGGCCGGGUGCCUUACCCAGGCAUGAACAACCGCGAGGUGCUGGAGCAGGUGGAGCGGGGCUACAGGAUGCCGUGCCCCCAGGACUGCCCCAUCUCGCUGCACGAGCUGAUGCUCCAGUGCUGGAAGAAGGACGCGGAGGAGCGGCCCACCUUUGAGUACUUGCAAGCCUUCCUGGAGGACUACUUCACGGCCACCGAGCCUCAGUACCAGCCCGGGGACAACCUCUAGACCCCCCCCAAACACCCCCCCCGUCCCCCGUCCCCCGUCCCCCAAGGCCUGGGGAGGAAAACUGGCCAAAUUGGCGCUGUUACAAAACUCUGGAGCCUUCCAAGCCAGAACAUUUUUUUAUUUUACAAAUCUGUACAGCUUCCUCAAUCCCCAAACCCCGUAAAACCCGUUCCGUCUGCGACACGCCCCCUAGUGUCUGGACUUGGGCGAUUGCCAUAAGUGGGGAGGGAUGCACAGGGAGUUUACCGGAAUCAUGAUAAUGCAACGUGUUCAAUGUAAAUAAGAAGUUUGUUUAAGUUUAUUUGUUUGCUUUAAGAAAAUAAUAACAAUUGAAAAUGAUGAAAAGGAAAACACGGAACCGCUUCGUAGCAGGUACAGUUCAUCUGUGCGUGUGCCAUAGAGUAACUUCUACAUUAUUUUCUAGAGAUUGGAUCAGAAGCCUCCAUAUAUUUUUUUUCAAAAUUUUCCAUAAUGUGUAAAUAAAGAAAAAAACAUCUUCACCAAAUGAUUUCUUGACUUCUUGGGUCGCAGUGUUCCAGCAGCUCGUUUUUCUUAUUUAAGUAUUGUUUAAGCUUUCCAUUCACAGGCGCAAACAGCAGAUCUGAUCUUAAUGCAGAUGGUUUUGUGGCCAAUGGAAAUAAUGUUUUAGUUGUACAGCUGGUUAACGUCGCUAUAACUUCCUUUUUUUUUAAUAGCUUUUCAUUUCCGUUAUUUUAACAUAAGUUGUUUUGUUGAUUCAGUGACUUGGCACAAUUCAGAAAAGAACAAUAAACAUUUUACACAUGC